AUGAACUUUUUACAGUUUUUAGCGCAUUCUGUCGCAUUGAUGGCGAUCGGACGCGUCGUGAGUGCCAGCACUCCUCAUCUUGAAAUUCGCGGUAACGCAUUCUUUAAUAGCGAAUCUAAUGAGCGUUUCUACAUUCGUGGUGUUGAUUAUCAACCGGGUGGCUCUUCAUCGACUACUGACCCAUUGGCUGUUACCGAAAAUUGUCAGCGUGAUAUCCCUUACUUGAAGGACUUGAACAUCAAUACAAUCCGCGUGUAUCAAGUAGACAACAUGGCCAACCACGACGAAUGUAUGAAGGAACUUGAAGAUGCUGGCAUUUAUGUUCUCUUGGAUUUAGCAACCUCGAAGAACUCGAUUUCUCGUUUGGAUGCUGCUGGAAGUUACAAUGCCAUCUAUUUGCAGGGCAUCUUUGCUAGUGUUGAUGCCUUCAAGGGUUAUGACAAUGUUUUGGGGUUCUUUGCUGGUAAUGAGGUUGCCAAUGAACCCAAGAAUGCUGCUACUACUACUUGGGUCAAGGCCGCUCUCCGUGACACCAAGAAGUAUAUAAAGAAUAAUUCGAAGCGUCAAAUUCCUGUUGGUUACUCCGCUGCAGACGUUUCUGAAAUCCGUCUCCAAUCUGCCGACUUCUUUGCUUGUGGUGAUGACUCUGAAGCUCGUGCUGACUUUUACGGUAUGAACAUGUACGAAUGGUGUGGUAGCGGGUCUAGCUUUAGCUUGUCUGGGUACGACCAACGUAUGAAAGAAUUUGCCAAUUAUUCUAUUCCCUUGUUCUUUUCCGAGUAUGGUUGCAAUACCGUUAGCAAGGAAUCUGAUGGUACCCCUGAUCGCCCUUUCGAUGAAGUGGAUGCUCUCUUUUCCGACCAGAUGUCAUCCGUCUUCUCUGGUGGUUUGGUUUACGAGUACUCUGAAGAGGGAAGCAACUAUGGUUUGGUCACUGUUAACGGCGACUCUGUUAAGACCAGUAAAAACUAUGAAACUUUGAAGCAGAAAUACGGAAACGCUGCCAAAUUUAGCGGUGACAACGGUUACAACAAGGAUCCUCAGACUAUUAACUGCCCACCCGACGAUAAUGACUGGAAGAGCUUCCCUCUUCCCUCUACGCCUUCUGAGGCCGAACAAUUUAUUAAAAGCGGUGCAGGCCAACCUUUGGGUUUGAAUGCUCCUUCUAACCAAGCUAGUGGCAGCAACGGUACCGCUUUGGUUAAUGCUGGUGCUCAUUCUUCUUCCACCAGCGUUGACGUUGAAGCAGUAGCCAUCCCUACUCAAGCUCCUGAAAGCAGUUCAACUGGUUCUGGCUCUUCAAGUGCUAGUGGCUUGACUAGCUCUGCUCCAAUUUCAAGAUCUAACUCUAACUCCACCAGCUCUGGUUUUAACACGAGUAAUAUCUCUGGCGGUGCUAAGUCCGGCUCUCAUCAAGGGAGCACAUCUUCUGCUCCCCACGUUCAAAUGACUGGUGUUUCCAUUGCUGCUUUGCUUAUUGGAGCUAUGGCAUUUAUCGUUUUGUAA